UAUCAUUUGAAAACUUGCACGGCGAGGGAUGCCGUUGAGGAGAAAGACAACGCAGUGAGCUACACACAAUGGCGACGGCGGCGACUUCUGCGGGCGGAACGGGUUCAAGCGGACCAGCCACAGGCCUGGUCGGUGGAGGAACCGCGGUAGGACGAAAGAAAGACGGCGGUCCUUCCACGAAAUUUUGGGAAAGUUCCGAGACGGUGUCCCAGCUCGAGACGGUGCGGCUUUGGAUCGGGAAGCACUACAAGAAGUAUGUUCAGAAUGACUCCCCCUCCAGCAAAUCACUGGGAGGCUUGGUGGUGCAGCUGCUGCAGUUCCAGGAGGAUGCAUUUGGACGGAGGGUCAACAAUCCAGCUCUUACCAAGCUACCUGCCAAGUGUUUCCUGGACUUCAAGGCUGGAGGGGCUCUCUGUCACAUCUUGGGCUCGGUUUAUAAGUUUAAAAGUGAACAGGGCUGGCGAAGAUUUGAUUUGCAGAAUCCCUCAAGGAUGGACAGAAAUGUGGAGAUGUUCUUAAAUGUUGAGAAGAACCUGGUUCAGAAUAACUGCUUGACGCGACCUCUGGUCUACCUGUCUUCGGAAAUAGAGCAAAAACAAGCGAGUAAGCUCAAAGACAUCGUCAAAAGGCACCAGGGCUCCACCACCGAGGAUAAGUCAAAGGCCACCCACCACAUUUAUCCUUCUCUUCAGCAGCAGGAAGAAGAAGAGUGGCUACGUCCUGUGAUGAGGAAAGACAAGCAGGUGCUUGUUCACUGGGGCUUUUCCCCUGACAGCUACGACACCUGGGUGGCAGCUGGUGAGGUGGACGGAGACGUUGAAGACCCUCCCAGUGCUGACCGACCCUGGAAGGUUCAUGCCAAAUGGGUUUCAGACACCGAUGCCUUCAAUGAGUGGAUGAAUGAAGAGGACUACGAGGUGGACGAGAACAAGAAGCCAGUCAGCUUCCGACAGAAGAUUUUCCCUAAAGAGGAGGAGUCUUCCCGUACACCUGAUCGCAAGGAGCGCAAGGCAAACUCUGCUGGCAAGAAGAGGAGACGCUCGCCCUCGCCGCCCAGCACUCCCGCCGAAUCCCGCAAGAAGGGAGGGAAGAAAGGGAACUCUGGGCCACACUGGAAGAGACGGGGUCACAGAGGAGAGGAGGAGGACACAGAGGAGGACAUCACGAAGGACUUGGACGACUCGUCUGCCGGUGCCAGUUUGGAGGAUGGCUGCAUGUCUAAGAACACAAAUUCAAAAAGAGACAGUGAGAAUACUCCAGUCAAAGGAGGAAAUGUGGCAGACUUAGAUGACAUGGAGGAUGAUUCUGUUCUGUCUGGUGGAAAGGACGAUGAAGAACAGGGCAAAGGAGAGGUCAACCGUCUGGAUGCUAGUGAGGACAACGUGACCGAACAGACGCACCACAUCAUCAUCCCCAGCUACGCGUCCUGGUUUGACUACAACAGCAUCCAUCAGAUUGAAAGACGAGCCCUGCCUGAGUUCUUCAAUGGGAAGAACAAGUCCAAAACCCCAGAAAUAUACCUGGCCUAUCGUAACUUCAUGAUCGACACAUAUCGGCUCAACCCCCAGGAGUACCUCACCUCCACCUCCUGUCGCAGGAACCUGACCGGAGACGUCUGUGCCAUCAUGAGGGUCCAUGCCUUCCUGGAGCAGUGGGGUUUGGUGAACUAUCAGGUGGAUGCUGAAAGUCGCCCGCUGCCCAUGGGCCCUCCUCCCACACCACACUUCACAGUACUGGCUGACACGCCUUCUGGACUCAUGCCUCUCAACCACCGUCCCCCCCAGAUUCCUCCUCCACAACAGAUGCCCAACUUUGUAGACAAAAGCAAAGACAAACCCAUUGACCUGCAGAACUUCGGCCUCCGGCCCGACCUCUACAAGAAGAACACUAAGCAGCAGGGUAAAGGAGGCAGCAGCACCAGAGAAUGGACCGAGCAGGAGACUUUGCUACUGCUGGAGGCUCUGGAGAUGUUCAAAGAUGACUGGAACAAAGUGUCGGAGCAUAUCGGCUCUCGCACCCAGGAUGAAUGUAUCCUGCACUUCCUGAGGCUGCCCAUCGAGGAUCCUUACCUCGAGAGCACCGAGACAUCGCUGGGCCCCUUGGCCUACCAGCCCAUUCCCUUCAGCCAGUCUGGAAACCCCGUCAUGAGCACAGUAGCCUUCCUGGCCUCCGUCGUGGAUCCCAGAGUGGCUUCUGCUGCAGCUAAGGCAGCUUUAGAGGAGUUCUCUCGGGUGCGUGAAGAAGUGCCAGCCGAGUUGGUGGAAGCUCACGUGAAGAAGGUGCAAGAGGCGGCGAGGAGCACAGGCAAAGUCGACCCCACCUUCGGAUUGGAGAGCAGCGGAAUCGCCGGAACUGCUCCAGAGGAACCGGAAAAAACCGAAACUACAGAACCAGAAAAGAUGGAAACGGAUUCAGACUCCCAGCAGGCUGAUAAAGCCGAGUCCAAGGAUGAGGCAGAGAAGCCCAGCGAGUCUGCAGAAAAGAACGACAAGACAGAGACCACAGAAAAGGUGAAGAAGGAGGGAAUGGAAGCAUCGGAGCACGAAGAGGAGAGCGAAGGAGAGGAGUCUAAAACGGCUUCUGCAGACAAGGAAAAAGAGGAACCAAUGAAGACUUCUCCUGAUCAGGAGAAAGAGAAGGAGGAAAGUGAGGCUAUGGAGGAGGGAGAGGACAGGAGGAAAAAGCUGGAACAUGACAUCGGAGAGGGAAACAUCGCUACGGCAGCGGCUGCUGCUCUUGCGUCCGCCGCCACCAAGGCCAAGCACCUGGCAGCAGUCGAAGAAAGAAAGAUCAAGUCGCUGGUUGCUCUGCUGGUGGAGACCCAGAUGAAGAAGCUGGAGAUCAAGCUGAGGCACUUCGAGGAGCUGGAGACCAUCAUGGACCGCGAGAAGGAAGCUUUGGAACUUCAGAGGCAGCAGCUCCUCACAGAGAGACAGGCGUUCCACAUGGAGCAGCUGAAGUACGCUGAGAUGAAGGCCAGACAGCAGAUGGAGCAGCAAGCUGCUGCCGCUGCCGCUCAGGCCCAAGGACAAGGACAGGUCCCUGGAUCAGGACCCCACCCGGGCCCUCCUCCACCAGGUAUGCACCACGGCGUACCCCCACCCCACCAUGGAGGACCUCCCUCACACCAUGGAGGACCCCCACCCCACCACAGCGGACCUCCUCCCCAUCAUGGAGGUCCACAUCCGCACCACGGCGGUCCCCCACCAGGCGCUGCAAUGCACCCAGGCUAUCCGCCAAUGGGCCACCACCCUAUGGCCCCCCACCACCCAGGACAGACGGGACCAGUAGAACCAGGUCAGCAGAUGCCUGGACGUAUGAUGCCUGGACCCCCCUCCGCCGGCCCACCUCCAGGUGGGAUGCCUCCCAUGAUGCCCCCGCGUCACUCUGGAGCCCCCAACGGCAUGUACCCCGGUCCUCCUCCUGCACAGCCCGAGGUGCUGCCUCCAGCUCCAGUGGGUCCCGCAGCACAGCCAAGUGGACGAAUCACUGAUAACUAAGACCCACACAGACGCACAAAAGCACACAUCUCUGAAUUUCUGCCCCCCUUUUGACGACUCAGCAUUUGCCCAUUAAAGCUGCCAUAAACGUCACCCUCCGUCACACACACACACUCACACUCAGGGUUUAUCAGCAAAAGUGACCCAGACAUCACAAACACACAUGCAGACUUCCUCUCAGGGCGCAGCGGCGAGGUUCAUCUAGUAAUAAACACUGUUUCUGCUCUGUUGGGCAAACGGGAGGCUGUAGCCAGAAAACCAAACAAGGAGACAGAAAUCAUCAGAAAAUAUUGUUUCUCAUUCUUUACAGUAACAAUGCUGUUUUUUUGUUUUUGUUUUUUUUUUGUUGUGUAAAUGACACUGUAGCCUUUUCUUGUAUACCAAAAAAAGAUAACCCCUUAAAAUCUGGUCCUCCCUUUCCUCCAAAUCAAACACUAGGGGGAGCUAGAGGGACCAGAGGCCCGGACAGACCCUCAGGGUUCUGUGUGCUGAGCCGAAACUCCCAGCCUGCCCUUGUUCUGAUGGAGAAUCUACCUCUCGCUCUUCUUUAAAUGAUACACUGUAGAUCUGUGUGUGUGUGUGUGUGUGUGUGUGUGUAUGUGAAUGUGUGUGUUAGACAGAGGGAGGGUCGAUGGCAGCGUGUGCCUAUUUAUUUAUCAAUACAUUUCAAUUUCGUUGAUCCUAUUGAUCUUGAGAAAUUCAACAAAAAGGCCAAAAAGGUCCCCAGUAGGUCAAAAGUCUGCAGGAAAGUAGUUCAGCAACGCGUGUGCAUCAGGUUUAUAUUUGGUUAAGGAGCAGCCCAUGAGCCAGGUUCACUCUGGUGUUGAUGGAGACAAACAGCCGUCUAAAAAUGAUGCAAAACUCUAAAUGCAUCAAAUUUAGCCUAAUUUUGAUUCAUUUUUUUUAUUCUGUCAAAAGAGCAGAGCUGAUGAUUUGUCUUCUUGUCCAAUUAAAAUGAAAACAAAGGUGGAGAACGGUGCUGAGUCUGAUUUGUUGCAUUAGGAACUACAUUCAUGGUUUAUAAUCCAGUCUGUAUGUGGGAUUGGACCCAAUGAGGCACCUGUGGAGUUUUACGGCACAAAUGAACGAUAACAGUAAAGGUUACAGAUCUGCUAAACCCUCCGUUCCUCCUCCUGUCUCCACCCAGAGAACUGUAACACACACAGAAAUGUAAGCUAAGCUCAGGUCAACACUGGAGGAUCCACACACUUGCUGAUUUCACCACUAGACCUCGCCGCAAGGCACGACACACUCAACCCCCCACCGACCUUUACACAGCCUGUUCAGAUCGAGAGACGCUGCGUCGCGACUCGGCUGAAGCACCAGAACAUAACUCUUCCUCAGCGUGGUGGGAUUCUACCGUAGCCAUUCUGCCCCGCCCCUUUCUUCUUCUGCUCACUUCCUUCACGCCUAUUGCUGUCUACCUCGCCAACCUGGUGUUUUUCCCACCUUUUCAGUUUUUUUCAGCCACUAAAACUCAAAAUAGCAAUAUUCUUACUUCUGUCUUCUACCUGUUGAUGAUCGAAGCGGGAAAAGGGUUGAGUCAAAUGUUGACUAAUCCUCCGAAUGCAGCGGCGCCCAGCCAUCAGAACCUUUAACGACAAACCAAAACAACUAAUUAACUCCGUCAUUCACCUUUGAAAGCUGCUGAAGGCUUUGUGGUCAGAUUUAUUUGAUUGAUUUCUAGAAAUUAAACAUGACUGAGCUUAAAUUUUCAGAAAAAUUAUUUGGAAAAAAGAAAAUAAAAGCAGACUGUAUUUUGUUUUGUUUCUGCCAUUUUAUUUUCACAAUGUUCAUUCUAAAGCCUCAACCUCAGUCGGUUAAAUUCCCGUCAAUGUUAAACUAGCAGCUAUAAAACGUGAAAAAAGUUCAAGUUAGUAUGUUUUUCAUUGUUGAAAUGAGAUUAUUGUUUAAAUCCUGAUGAAGCCAUUGGCUAAACGUUAUUUAUUGGUAAGUUGAAGUUAUCUGGCUAGAAUGUGGCCUAUUUUCAUUUUGAGCUUUUGAAAGGUUUUAGUGAGACUUCUUUUCAGCUCUAGUUGCUUUUCUGCAGCACAGCUUAAACUCGUAGACGCCCUCAAAUAUAAACUGUUAUGUUCAAAGAGAUCCAAUCGAGUUUUGCUGGAAAAAUAAUGCUUUAAGUCGACAAUUAACACAUUUGUGUUCAAUGUGGAUGUUUGGUACUUCUCACUCAAGUCACUUAGAAACACAAUAAUGUAUUUUAUUGUGGAUCAUUUCUAACUGCUCCUCCCUCUUUGCUAGUACUGUUAGCAUUUCUACCUCUUGGCUACCUCUUCCUCGUUCAUCUGCUAGCUACCUCUUCUAGAAAUCGUCCUCCUGCUACCUCUUCACACCCUUUUUGCUACCUCUCACACCUUUCCCUGCUUUUCUUUCCCCUUUAAUUUAUUUUAUUUUAUUGUUUGCUGCCCACAUGACUGCUGUGUCACCCAGUCUUCUCCGAGUCUGCAGGAAGAAGAAAACAAACGCCCGUUCACUAGCGCUCUCCUUUCCUUUCAUCUUUCCAGGCUUGUGGCUUAAUUUCACACAAAUAUGACAAGUUUCCCCAAUCAUCUGUCAUCUUUAAUGGAUACAUUGUUUUGUUUUUUUUCUUGUGUUGAUGGUGAUGUAUUUUUAAGAAGUUUUAUGUAGAUGGAAGUUUUCUCUGUUUGUAGCAUUUGUUUUCUUUUUAUUUUGUAUUAUGGGGUCUGUUGGUACUUGGACCUAGACACUUUCAAAUAAACAGUUUUCUAAAAUGG